ACUGCCUUUCUACCCUUCUCUUUCCUAUUUCAGCGCUCUUCCAGUCUUCCAUCCUCUCUCUCUCUCUCUCUCUGGCUCUCUCUCUCUCUCUCUCUCCACACCAUCUUUGCAGUUCCCGAUUUGAAGGGCAUCCAAACACCCAUCAAUCUGAGCCUUUUAAUUUCUCCACCCUUUCAGCUGAACCAGGCAAACCCACCUUCCUUUCAAUCUGGCACGCAUGCGUCUCUCAAUGGUUUGAGAGGUUUGGAAGCGAUAACGGAUUCUCAACUGCUUUUGUUGACAAGGGGUUGUGUAUUUCACUCUGGCCUACCUUAUAGCGGUAUUUUCUCGCACCUUGACGAAGGUGUGGGCUCAGAACAACAGGUUUUCUUAUCUAUCUUCAGUUUUGAAUUCGAUCCAUUGUCUAGUUUGGCACCUCUGUUGCAUGGUUAAAGGCUCUCCAAUCGACAAUGGCUAACCUUUAAAUCAUCUCUACCGCGUGCCUUUUGAUUUGUAGCCAUCUCUUCUAGUUUCUAGAAAUCUGUUUUUGGAUAUUAGAAAUGUAAGGAUUGGUAGGAGAGAGUGGAAAUUCAGGAAUAGCAUUGGAAAGGAGGGGGGAAAAAGCAGAUCUCUACUGGGUUUUGUAGCUGUAUUUGAUAUCCAAAAUGGUGAAACUCAACUGCUUCACGGCAUUCUUUGGGAAGAAGAAGAAUUCCAAGAAAGAAAUUCCAGAAAUUUUAAAUUGGGAUAAUGGAAAGAUGGGGCAUGGAACCCUCCAAGUGAAGCUGGAACAGCUGGUGAGUUCUCCAAAAGAAAACGGAUCGAAUGCCACCUCUUUCAAUGUUUCAGUACCUUUUGGAAUUCAGGGAAGCUCUACUUGCAAGGUGAAAGUGGUGAGGGAAGAGAAUACAAAUUCGAUUAGACUUGAAUCAGCAGAGGCAGCUUAUGAAGGCAGCAAUGAGAACAAUGAGAAUUCUCCAAUUAGAAGGGAUCUCUCCGAUUUUGACCUCCCAGCCCAUGACAUAAACAAGGGGGACGAGACUGAGCCAUCUAUCAACAAAACCAGUGGUUCAUAUGACUUGGUCGAUACUGAAAUGAACGGUGGAUCGGAAAGAGAUGAGGGUGUCGAGAUGGCCCAGAGCGGGCACAUUAGUGAUCCCGGCAUUGGAAAGACAGAUUUCUGGGGCUCGCCAAAGCUGAAGCGUUCAUGCUCUCAUCUAGGAACCCAGGACUUGCUCAAGAAGUUCACAGAUCAAUUGGCUCCUUCAAAAUCUCAGUCAUUCGGAGAUUUGCAGAAUUCAACGCAGAGUGGGAGAGAUGAAAUCAUUCGAUGGACACAAUUCAGUCCAUUAUCUGUCAUGACUUCUCGCAGUGCUGACAAGGUUAUGUUGAAAAGGCGAUCUUCAAGGCAAUUGCUUCCUUCUAGGAGUAGGAGACUCUGGUGGAAGCUCUUCCUUUGGAGUCACAGAAACCUACACAAGCCAGGGCCCACAAAACCAAUGCCGAUUGCCAUUGCAGAUGCUUCAAACCAGAAGGAUGGCUAUUGGUCAGACACUCUGGAAUCGAGCCAGGCACUAGCUGCAAAAAAUAACUGGGCUGAGAUGGGCAAGUUGGAUUUGUCAAGAUCACUCUAUGGUGAAUCCAAAAAGAACCACAGAGGUGGCAAUGGUAGUGGUGGUGGUGGUUUAUCGGCCCAAAGUCAGUGGGUCGCAUUCCCUAUCGAAUCAUCAUCUCAUUUAUCAAGAGUAGAUGAAUGGGUAAACAGCCUCGAUGCCCAGUCCGUUCUUCCGCUUGAAGAUCAUGAUGAGGGCAGUGAGGGAGAAACAAGAAAGAGCAUAGAUUAUCCGCUUUCUCCUGAGAAAGCCCCUCUCACGACCAGGCACUCGACUGACAAGCUUGUGGAUGAGGUUUUACAGGCGAACAAUGUCAUUCAGUCCAUGAACUCUUUCUCGACUGUAGCUCACCUAGCCGGCAUUGGCUUGAAAGUUGUUCCCAACAUUUCGCCCUUCACCAGUCUUCGAUCCGUCAAUUUAUCAGGCAAUUUCAUAGUACAUAUCACUCCAGGAUCACUGCCCAAGAGCCUUCAAACUCUCAAUUUGUCUAGAAACAAGAUCGCUGCAAUCGAUGGCCUCAGAGAACUGACACGGUUGCGAGUACUUGAUCUUAGCUACAACCGAAUUUCCCGAAUAGGCCGUGGGUUAUCAAACUGCACACUCAUCAAAGAACUAUAUCUCACCGGCAACAAGAUCAGUGACGUCGAAGGCCUGCACAGGCAUCUAAAGCUAACAGUCAUAGACCUGAGCUUCAACAAGAUAACAACAGCCAAGGCACUCGGCCAGCUUGCAGCGAACUACAAGUCUCUGCUGGCUCUGAAUCUGUUGGGCAAUCCGAUCCAGACCAACAUUGGUGACGAUCAGCUUCGGAAAGCGGCUUCUAGCCUCCUCCCUCAUCUGGCUUAUCUUAACAAGCAGCCAAUUAAGCCCCAGCGGGCCCGAGAGGUGGCAAUGGACAGCGUAGCAAAAGCUGCACUUGGGAAUGGCGGGUGGAAUUCUCGUAGGAAAUUGACAAGACGGGUGGGCCAAGGUUCCCCUUUGACAAAGGGGAGGGGGAACGAAGGAGGGGGCCGUAGAGGACGGCACCGAUCGAAGCCGAUCAACCAUCAACAGUCUCCAAUUACUAGGAGAUUAUCAACAUAGUAAUUUACUUGGGCAGAUGGAUAGUUCUUGAUUAGUAGGAAAUGCGAGUGUUUGGAAAUCAUGACACAAAUAGAGAUCUGUUUGCAGGAGAGGCAAUGUGGAAGGCAAGUUUUUGUUUA